CUUUAAUGCGCUUCAUCCCCGCGCGCGUUAGUUUAUAUCGUCAUUAUCUUCAUCAGCAGAAGUCAGGAGGAGGAGGGGAGGCAGUGAGCAGAGGCAGUGUGGAGAGUCUGGUGUUUAUGCAGAAAUGGAGCUGCUCAUCCUGCUGCUCUUUCUUGGUGUCUCACUCUCUGAUGGGUUUAAUGUUGACGUGUCGAACCCAGAGACAUUCUCAGGAAAUAAAGAGGAGUUGUUUGGAUACCGAGUGCUGCAGUAUCAGUCUGAUGAGAUGAAACAAAUUAUCGUCAGCGCUCCACUAGGCACAAACAGUUCAGGAGCUCUUUACAGUUGCACAGUGGAGAAGAAUAACUGCAGCUCUUUUUAUCAGCCAGACUCAAAGGCGAUCAGGUUCUUUGGGAUGUCCAUGACAGUGGGGACGUCUCCAUCAGCCACACUCACUAGUUGCAGUCCAAGUUUCACACAUGAGUGUGAUGGAGACUCAUAUCUGAAUGGAAUCUGUUACCAGUUCAAUGGCCGUCUGAAGAUGGUCACCACCAUCACCCCUGCUUUCCAAGAGUGUACGGAGAGUAAAGUGAACCUGGUUUUCCUUUUUGACGGCUCCAGCAGCAUGCAAACAUCUGACUUCAAUAAGAAUAAAGAAUUCAUAUGGAACAUCAUGACAACAAUGAAGAACACAUCUAUUGAGUUUGCUGCUGUUCAGUUUUCUAGCGAUUUCAGGACAGUUUUCACCUUUAAAGAUUAUGUUAGUGGCACGGCGAAGAAGAGACUUGAUGACGAAGGGCACAUGAAGCAGCUCACAAACACACACAGAGCCAUCCAGUUCACCCUUGAUCAUCUGUUUAAUAAUAAUAAGUCCGGUGCGAAUCCUGAGGCGACUAAAGCCCUCGUCAUCAUCACAGAUGGAGCUCCUUCUGAUUUAGACAAUAACGUCAUACAUCGCUGUGAGGAACAAAACAUCGCUCGCUUUGUUAUUGGGGUGGGGCAUCAAGUCAAAUUAGAGAAGCUGAAAAAGUUUGCCUCAGAGCCGAAAGAGAACAACAUCUUCAUGAUUAACAACUACGCUGGACUUAAUGGACUUUUGGAUAAUUUACAAAAUAAGAUCUUUGGCAUGCAGGGAACUCGGGGCAUGUUGUUUAGUAAAGAGCUGUCUCAGAGCGGAUUCAGUGCUGCAAGUGACAAGGACACUCUCAUACUGGGAGCGGUUGGAUCUAAUCAUUGGACUGGAAACCUGUAUGAGGUCACAGGAUCUGAAGCUUCGAUCAGUGAGAUGGAAAUCAAAGACAUAAACCUAAAUACUGAUUCAUACAAUGGUUACUCUGUUGUGGUUGGGCAGAGGGGCAGAGAUUCUCUUGUGUUCUCUGGAGCACCGAGAUGUGAUUACAGGGGUCGGGUGACUCUGUUCAGGAAGAGCACUGACAAGUGGGAAGCCAUCAGCAAUAUCGCAGGAGAACUGAUCGGCUCGUAUUUCGGAGGAUCGGUGUGUGUGUUAGACCUGGACUCAGACAACAACACUGACUUCCUCGUGGUUGGAGCUCCGCUGUAUUACCAACCUCAUCCUCAGACAGAGGGACGGGUGUAUAUCUACAGACUCACACAGCAGCUGAAAUUGGAGAAGCAGUUGGAGAUUAGUGAAUCAGCUCAGGGUCGGUUUGGGAUGACUUUAGCUGCUGUAUCAGAUCUGAAUGGAGACCAGCUAAAGGAUUUAGCUGUUGGAGCUCCACUGGAAGAUGAUCAAAAAGGAGCCGUUUACAUUUACCUCGGCAACCGUGAUCACGGCAUCCGCUCCAAGUACAGCCAGAGAAUUGUUUCAAGUUCCAUUAAUAAGCAGCUUCAGCAUUUCGGCUUGUCGAUUGAUGGUGUAAUGGACAUGGGACAGGAUGGUCUGAUAGACAUUGCUGUUGGAGCACAAGGGAGCGUUUUACUCUUGAGAACUCGGCCGGUUGUGUCCGUCUCAGCAAAGCUCAGUUUCUCCCCGUCUGAAAUCAACCUAAAUCAUUUUGACUGCCACAGCAGCUCAGACAAUGCUAUUCCUGUCCUCUACCUCAGCACCUGCUUCAGUAUGGCAGAGGACACCAAAAGCAAAGGGGGAGUAAGGAGUGACCUAAAUGUGUCACUGGAGCUCAACGCUGAUGCUGUGAGAAAGGACAGUCGUGCUUUUUUCAAUAAGGACGAUAAGACGUCCAGGAGUCUGGUGAAGUCUGUGCUCCUGAACACAGAGGUUUCCUGUUACAAUCAUACAGUCUAUAUGAAGAGCUGUGUGAAGGACACGUUGUCUCCAGUCUUAUUCCGACUCAACUUCAGCCAGUUUGAUCAUCAACCAGACUACUCCAACGCCAUCCUGAACAUUGACAGCAAAAACACUGCUCAUGUAGAGGUUCCCUUUCAGAUUAACUGCAAAAACACGACCUGUGUAUCAGACCUGCAGCUGAACUUUAACUUUCUGAACAGCACAUUGCUGGUGGUGGAUCAGGCAUCAUUUAUUAUCCAUGUGACUUUACUGAACACAGGAGACGACUCGUUCAACACAAGCGUGGUUCUGUUCUACCCUCCUGGAUUAUCACUUUCUCUGUUCAAGACCAUCAAGCAAAACAGAAGGACUCGAAGCAGUUGUGGAGAUCGUGAUGAAGGAGCGCUGAACAAAACCACCUGCAGUAUCAGUUUACCGGUUUAUCGCAGUAACACAGAGGCUGUGUUUGAGGGUGUGUUUCGCAUCUCUCGUGACUACAACUGGACUGACAUCAUGAAAAUGACCCUUGUGGCCAGCAGUGAUAACAAUAGAAAUACAAGUAGCACCACAGUGACGAAGACUCUGCCUGUUCUGUACAGUGUAGACGUGGCCGUCAGCUCUGUUCCUGAGCUUUCUGUAACAUAUCUGAAUUUCUCUCUUGGAGAUAAAGGCCCUAAACCUAUCCAUAUUGUGUUUAAGGUGAGAAAUCUGGGACUAAAGGGUCUGCCAGUGACAAUAAGCUUCAGGAUGCUGAAUCACACUGAUGAAAAGAUCUUCCAUCUGGAUCAUAAUGCCAUCUUAUCGGUAAAAAAAAAAAUAUAUAUAUAUUAUAAAAACAUACUUAUCUGUGUGUUUAAUAAUUAUUUACAGACUACACUAAUAAACUUUAUUUUCUUACAGAAUAUUACAGUCUGUAGCAUCAUACCACCUCAGAAACAUGAUGAGCAGUUUGUGAAUUUCACCUGUCGACCUUUCUCACUGGAUCCCGGGUCUGUUGUCCAUAUUAAUCUGAGUGCAAACGUCACGUUCCCUAAUAAACAACAAUAUUCAGAGAAAUGGUCUUUCAGUGGGUUCAAGAAGAAGGAAGAAUUUUCUGUCUUUGCUCAGCUGGACUUUGAUAAAAGGUUUUAUCAUCAGUUAUCUGGUCACAGCGAGAACGAUUCCAGCAGAUUUCACCGUGCUCAUAUCAGUGUAAAAGCAGAACUGGUUGUUCCUCCUGAUAUGAUUAUGAUAAUCGGGACAGGUGUAGGAGGAGGACUUUUACUGCUUUUCAUCUUCAUCAUCCUGCUGUGGAAGUGUGGUUUCUUUAAGCGAAAGCGGUUUGCACCUUGUGAUGAAGGGAGUGAGUACAGGACAGAAGAUUAUGAUAAAUGCGGUGAAACAAUGGGAAAGAUGGAUCAAUAUCCUUCCAGAUCUGAAGAGAAACCGUUCAUCCCUGCUGAAGGAAAAGGUGUUGGAUCUGAAAAUGGAAGUAAAGAGAAUGGAGAGAUGGAAAAGAGUGUGGAGUGAAAAGUCUUCCCUGAUGGAGCUUCUGAUUGUCCAUUAAAUUUAUUCUGCUUUAGUUUAGCUCGAGUGCUGCUUCUCUCACGCUGUGAUUCUUUAUCAUGGCACUGUAUUUAACUUCCUGUUAGCGCUUUUCUGCAGAAACAUGUUAGUGUUACACACUGCAUCAGUCCAGACUGAGAUAAUGAGAGUAAUG